AUGACAAUGAUUGCUUUGCAUAAUUGCACUCAGACCCACGCACCCCCUGCCUCCAUCGAUUUUCAGAUCUCCUCUCUGGACACGUCUUGCGCUUUCGAUUUUCCCCCGUGUCCGCCGACCGCGGUGGAUGCCGAAACGAUUGGACUAGAUGGAGUGGUGGACGAGCUUGUGUCCUCGUUGACUUCCGAUCCAUCAUUGACCGAGGCCGGGAACUAUCCGUGUCGUUUUUGUCAUCGUGUUUUUACCAAAGUCAAAAGUCGUAAUGCGCAUAUGAAAUCGCAUAAUGAUCGUGCUGCCGGGCCACCUGGCUCUUCCGUCAGUCGCCCGUUGCCCCAAACGACAUGCUGA